AUGCCCACCCUAUCGAAAGUCGAAUACAUGGACAUGGGUGGCCCCACCGACGCCCAACGACUGUCCUUAAACAUACCACCGGUAACGGCGAGACCACUGAGGCAAUCCACGAGCAAAGCGAACACUACAUACGUCAAGAACAAUCACACGGUCACGUAUAGCACUAUGAAAGAUAUUCCAAGGAUUGUGACAGAUGUGCCAGUUGCAUGGAAAGGUGGAUUUUCAGGCGGAUCAGCUAUUGGGAGCCACGACUACGACAGCCUUGCGACGUCGAGUCCGCAUCAAAACGGACUCGGGUAUUCUGAGCCUGGUGAGACAGACGCCGUCGUCUCUGUUCGCGACUUAGGUUUCAGUGCGGCACCUUGGUCAACACACCACUCCCUCAGCUGCAGACCCAGCCAAAGCGAUGUCUUUGAUCACGUAUCAAGCAAAGGGCAAACAGUAAAGCAAAUCCAGUCAGCUGCUGAGAUAGAGGAGGAGAUUCGGCACAAGAUAGAGAGCAAUCUUUGUUGGAGCCAGAAGGACAAGGAGGAAUACCUUCCACUCGGUUCAUUCGACAUGAUUUUCGACAUCGAAACCAUCGUAUCUCUCAUCAGAGCUAUGUACCAAACUGCCAGCGAAGAUGAAAUCAUUCACAAGGCUGGUCAGAUCUGGUGCGAUGGUACGGGUAGCCGGCGACGGAUCUUCGCCACCCUGGUCUUCAUGAAGCAGACGAGCCACAUCGAGGACUUUAUCCUGGAAAAGAUCUUUGAUCACCACUUACCACUGUGCCAUGAUACCAAGAGCAUGAAAGGAUUCAGAACCCUUGUUGGUGAUGACCGCGUUAACACGACACUGUUCCAAGAUUGGGAGCGCGUUCACGUCGAUCUGUUCUAUAUUUACCAGAGAAUGAUCUUCGUCCCAUUCUUGAGCAUGGGGAAUGGCCGCCUCUGCUCAUAUGUAUUCGAUGGUAACGUCAGGCUUCCAUGGGAUAAAUUCGAGCAGAAGACGAUGGGUGGGCACGGAACUAUCCACCGGCUCGAGAUUCAUCAGAGCCACCAUGACUACAAAGGGGAUGAUACCACGGGGCGACCGCCGUGUUUUGCAGUCAAGGAGAUUAACGGUGCUGACCACGAAUCCUAUCGCAAGGAGCUUAGAGCCCUUGAGCAGUCAUGCGCUAAGGUACAGAAGGAGAAGCAUCUGAUAAAGCUACUUCUUACUUUCCAGCAUGGGAAUAAGCCAUAUCUUGUCUUUGAGUGGGCAGAUGGUAACCUGGAGGAAUUCUGGAAAACGAGACAGGUUGAGAAAUCACCCUCAGCGACAAAGUGGAUGGCACAGCAAUGCCGGGGUAUUGCAAAUGCCAUCAAACGCAUUCAUGGACUCGCAACAUGGCAGAAGGAAGAGAGGCCACCAAACCCUAACUCUGAAGAGGCGUCUGUCAAGGAUUGGGGGCGGCAUGGCGACAUCAAGCCGACCAAUAUCCUGUGGUUCUUAACCCACGGAAAAGAUCGGGACCACCUCGUUGUUGCUGACUUGGGACUAACCCGAUACCACUCCAGCCUCACAAAAUCGCGCGUUAUGAGAGUGGACGGUUAUACCGGGACCUAUCGAGCUCCGGAAAUCGACCUUGGCAACCCCAUCUCUUCUAAGUAUGAUAUAUGGUCCCUCGGAUGCGUUUUUCUCGAGUUUUGCAUCUGGUAUCUACUUGGAUAUGAAGACGUUGAGAACUUCCAGAGAGACCGCAAACUCGACCGCUGUUCGGAUGAUGUGGACGACAUUGAAGAACCUGAUCACAGUUACUUCGUGACUUCCUAUAUGCCUCACGGGGGCAAGCGAGCUGACCUCCACCCAGCUGUAAAGAAGUGGGUUACAAGACUGAGGAGUUCGGCCUCCUGCACAAACUUCAUCAGCCAAAUGCUGGAUCUGAUCAUGAAUCGGAUGCUCGUUAUUGAUCCAAAACAAAGAUAUUCCAUCGACAUUAUCUCUUCGGAGUUGUCACGUAUUGAACCCUGGGAGCAAAAAAUAUUUGGAGGCCUUGCCCAUUUCCCAGGUACUACGAACAAAACCUAUCAGCCACCGGAGCCAAAGUCUUUCAAGGAUCAUCUCCAAAUGGCAAGAUCUCCUGCAGGCAUGGUCAGAUUCGCAGAAGGAAACUGUACCAUUCCUGACAGUGUCAAGUCAAGUAUCAUUCGUAAAGAUCAAGCGCUGGAAAUCCCAUUUAGCGAUGCAGAUUCGGAAGACGGGUCGUUGAACGGCGAGAGCACGGCUGCUACCAGUGUUUAUGAUGAAGAACUAGACGCUGGUGGGUUGAGGCAGGGUGCGACUCUAUCUCAGUUCAGGUUUAAUCAUAGAUACAAUGUUCCAUUCCUCGAGCAAUAA